AUGGUUGGUCUGUACAGGUUCCUCACCCCGGAGGAAAUGGAAGAGAAAGCAGUGGGUUCCUCUGUUUGGACCUUCUUCCUCAGACAGCUCUUAGCAGCGAGCAGCUCCAGCGAGGGGAUGGUCGACCCCAAGGACUACACGUUMGCCGGACUUAAAGGCGAGACUGUGGGCCGCCUGCCUGGCAAGGUGGCAGGGCAGCAGUUUGUCAUUCAGGACUGCGAGGACUGCAGCAUCUACGUGUUCGACCAUUCCGCCACCAUCACCAUUGACGACUGCACGAACUGCCAGCUCUUCCUGGGCCCCGUCAAGGGCAGCGUUUUCUUCCGCGACUGCAAGGACUGCCGCUGCGUGGUGGCCUGCCAGCAGUUCCGCAGCCGGGACUGCCGGCGGCUGGACGUGUUCCUGUGCUGCGCCACGCAGCCCAUCAUCGAGGCCUCCGCCGCCAUGAGGUUCGCCUGCUUCCAGUACUACUACCCCGAGCUGGCGGCGCAGUUCCGCGACGCCGGCCUGAGCAUCUUCAACAACACGUGGAGCAACAUCCACGACUUCACGCCGCUUGCCGGCGAGAACAACUGGGGGCUCCUGCCCGAGAACGCGCCCGUCGAGGACUACGUUGCCCUGCCGAGCACGGAGGAGCUCAGYGGCGUGCGGGUGUGCACGGAGGCCGCGAGGAGCCUCGUGCCCGUGACGCGGGGCCGGCGGCACCGGCGCAGCGACGAGUCCUGCUUGGUGGUGUUCUUUGCCGGGGACUACACGACCGCCAACGCCAGGAAGUUGAUCGAUGAGAUGACUGGCAAAGACUUUCAGCUGGUACAGACAAAAGAAGUCUUAAUGAAAGCAGAGGAUGCUCAGAGAGUUUUCCAGCAACGUGCCUCAGAGUUCCUUCCCCUGCUUGAGAAAGGCCCAGUAGUUGCUUUGGAAUUCAACGGAGAUGGUGCUGUGGAGGAAUGUCAAAGCACUGUGAAGAAUGUUUUCAGUGGAACCGAGGUUUUUGUGUCGGAGAGCAAGGCAGCGGCGUCUCAAGACGUGGACAAUUUCUACAACUUUGCUGACAUGCAGAUGGGCAUGUGAAGUGUGACGGGGCGCGUGCGGCGCCUGGACGGCUCUCGCCUCGCACGUGGCCGUGGCACCGAGACGUUCUCUCCUUGGGUUUUGUAUCGCUUCUGUAUCCCUUUUAUAAAAGGUACUGGCGACUUUAAUACCGUAUUACACGGGCUGCAGCAAAUGGGAUAGCUCCCAUGGACAUUGUGCAGUCCAACUCCAGAAGCUACGGAGGCUUUUUUUU